GAAGCGUUAUCAGUGGUGAGUGAAGAUCAGUCCUUGUUCGAGUGUGCCUACGGAUCGCCGCACCUUGCGAAGACAGAGAUGACAGCCUCCUCCUCCAGUGAAUAUGGGCAGACAUCAAAGAUGAGUCCGCGUGUUCCCCAGCAAGACUGGUUAUCGCAGCCCCCGGCCAGAGUCACCAUCAAGAUGGAGUGUAACCCAAACCAGGUUAAUGGGUCAAGGAAUUCUCCUGAUGACUGCAGCGUGGCAAAAGGAGGGAAAAUGGUUAGCGGCUCAGACAAUGUUGGGAUGAACUAUGGAAACUACAUGGAAGAGAAGCACGUUCCACCCCCAAAUAUGACUACCAAUGAACGAAGAGUCAUUGUGCCAGCAGAUCCUACGUUAUGGAGCACAGAUCACGUACGCCAGUGGCUGGAAUGGGCAGUGAAGGAGUACGGUCUCCCAGAUGUGGACAUCUUGUUGUUCCAGAACAUCGAUGGGAAGGAGCUAUGUAAAAUGACCAAAGACGACUUCCAGAGACUCACCCCAAGCUAUAAUGCAGAUAUCCUCCUGUCACACCUACACUACCUCAGAGAGACUCCUCUUCCACAUUUGACUUCAGAUGAUGUUGAUAAGGCCUUACAAAACUCUCCACGGUUAAUGCAUGCUAGAAACACAGGAGGUGCCACUUUUAUUUUUCCAAAUACAUCAGUUUAUCCAGAAGCAACACAAAGAAUUACAACCAGGCCAGAUUUGCCUUAUGAGCAAGCAAGGAGAUCAGCAUGGACGAGUCACACCCACCCCAGUCCUCAGUCAAAAGCUACUCAGCCAUCAUCCUCAACAGUUCCCAAAACAGAAGACCAGCGUCCUCAGUUAGAUCCGUAUCAGAUUCUUGGACCGACUAGCAGCCGACUUGCAAAUCCAGGGAGUGGACAGAUACAGCUAUGGCAGUUCCUGCUGGAGCUCCUCUCGGACAGCUCCAACUCCAACUGCAUCACCUGGGAGGGCACCAAUGGGGAGUUCAAGAUGACCGACCCCGACGAAGUGGCUCGGCGCUGGGGGGAGCGGAAAAGCAAACCUAACAUGAACUAUGACAAACUCAGCCGUGCGCUUCGCUACUACUAUGAUAAAAAUAUUAUGACUAAGGUUCACGGUAAGCGCUACGCCUACAAAUUUGAUUUCCACGGAAUCGCUCAGGCUCUCCAGCCUCACCCCCCAGAGUCAUCCAUGUACAAAUACCCGUCAGACCUCCCCUACAUGAGCUCCUAUCAUGCGCACCCUCAGAAGAUGAACUUUGUAGCUCCUCACCCUCCUGCUUUGCCCGUAACAUCGUCCAGCUUUUUUGCUGCCCCUAAUCCGUACUGGAAUUCACCAACUGGAGGUAUCUACCCCAAUACCAGGCUGCCAGCUGCUCAUAUGCCUUCUCAUCUUGGCACCUACUACUAAGUGGGGAAAAAAGGAACACCAGAAAAAGCAAACAAAGACACUUCUCGCUGGGAUACAGUCCCUGAUGAAUUGCAAUGAACUCUAUUGGAGUACACGAAUUGAAAGUGCCUAAAGAGACAAGUGAAGGUUUGGCUGGGAAAAAACACAUUAAAAAAUAGAUGUCAAAAAGACUCUUUUUAGUAGGGAUUUAAAGGAGAUAUUCAAGAAGUAUUAAGAUACUGAAAUGUAAUGUAUAUGGGCAUCGACUAUGUGGACCAAACAACAAUAGACUAUUGUAGGUAAAAGCAUGAAAUGAUAAGGAAAACCUAUGAAAGCUAGUGGUCUUAAAAAGUUGAUAAGCUUAUGUGUAAAGUUUGAUACCUUGCUAGUGCAAAACUGGGACUAUACUACAGCAAUAUAAGGAUAAGUCUAUAGUGACCUAACAUACAAUAUAUGAACCAUUACAAAAGAGGGGGGG